AUGAGAUCAACUUCAUCCCAUGAUCCUUCCACAAUUCCAUCAACACCAUCACCACCACCCUCAACUUCCGAAACAAUAUGGCAAAUAAUAUCCUCAGAAUCUAUUACAACCGUAAAUUUCCCUCCAUCUCCAAUUUUAACAGCUGAUGACUACGCCAUCCUUCAAAAAUACAAAAAUCACCCAUCAGUAAUUAAUCAUGCCAACACGCUCUUUAAUCAACCCUCAAGAACCGAGCAGAAUAAAUACUACCUGCCAUCCAAAAGAACUGAUUGGAGUGGUACUGCACCAAAGCCAUCAGAAGCUGCGAUGUAUAUACCUCCCGGAUCAACGAUUUAUGUAAAAAGACUUCCAUAUCUUACAGAUGAUAAACAGGAUUUUUCUGUUUUGCCUUUUAAUUUUGUUAAUAUGUCAGAUGAUGAGACGUUUCCUUUUCUUGAAACAACAGAUUCUAGGUUUAGGCAUUUAUUUUUUGUCAGUGGCAAAGAUGACGAUAAUGAUGGUGCAGAUGUAAAAAAAGAGAAACCAUUGUUGAAGGAUUAA